AUGUCCACUUCACGCAGCGGUCGGGAAUCCUUCACGGAAUUUCCUAAACUACCCCUUGAGCUUCGACGCUUGGUAUGGAAAUUCGCUUCUUUUGAACGCCGCCAUGUACCUGUAGCUGCAAAGCGACAUCAUUUUCUCAGCAAACAAGUCACCGGAGAAGAAGAAUCCAAACAGCUUGUCAGAUUUCGAUCCGAUACUCCCAUUCCCACACUAUUUAGUGUUUGUCGAGAGUCGAGAUUAGAAGCCAAGAGAUACUACAAGAAAGCCCUCGUAGCUGAGCACAACUUUGUAUUCUUUUCUAUUGGUCUAACACCUCGGUUUUACAUCAAUCCCCACUGCGAUGUCAUUUGUCCCGUUGGCGAUCUCUUCGGAGAUAUCACAGUUAUGCUCGUAGCCGCGAUGCACAAAGCCCAAUGUCAGAGCAUCGCACUCGACCAAUCACAGUGGGGCGAGCUAGCCUAUGAGUUCAACGGACCAGCUCAUCUUGAUCAAUGGCUAACCAGCAUCGUGCGUCCUCCUCACGCCUUGAAAUCCAUCACUCUCUACUCAGGAGCAAACUACGGAACCCAAUACCGAACUGGAUCUCGAGGCUUUCCUCACACCAUCACGUCCGUAGAUCUGGAUACCAUCCAAAAGGAAGAUAAAUGCGCACUCGGAAAUGUGAUCACAGAACUCCAUCGAUCUAUCACGAGAUAUAGAGACUUGGUUCCUAAAAUGGUAAAAGAUCGUCAUGAUGUUGAAAAGGGUCUGGCGGAUCCGCCUACACAUCAAUUGUUGGCUCGAUUACCUGUUUUUCAUCAUCUCGAGACGCGGGUUUUGGAAUUGUGGACCCCUCCUAGAUUGAGCUUGUUGAUGCAUGCGGUGCCAGAGUCGCUUAGUAGGAUUAUGAAAUCGAAGGAUCCGUUUGAGGUUUGGGAUUGUGGGGUGGGGGGGGUGUCAGAAAUGUCUGUGGAGUGUGGAGUGAGGGGGUGUUGGGUGGAGGGGGGAGAGAGAGAGAAAGCAAGGGAGGAAGGAGGGGAAGCUGGGAGGGUGGAGUUGGGGGCGGGGGGGUUGAAUCGGGAUAUUUGCUCGGAUCACUUGAUUGAGUUGGAGGACUAA